AUGCAGCCGACUAGCAACAUCAGCAGCACAAGAAUGAACUGCAACCAGACUCCUGACUUCGUCCUCUCAGGAUUGUCCAGUGACCUAGAGAAAUGGCAAUUCCUCUUUAGUAUCUUCCUGGCUCUCUUCCUACUUGGCCUCCUAGGGAAUCUGCUACUUUUGCUGGCUAUUGGUGCUGACAUACACCUCCAUACUCCCAUGUACUUUUUCCUCAGCCAGCUGUCCCUGGUAGAUCUCUGCUUCAUCACUACUACAGUCCCUAAAAUGCUAGAGGAUUUGUGGACCAGUGAUGGAUCCAUCUCAUUCUCUGGGUGUCUUACUCAACUAUACUUCUUUGCUGUUUUUGCUGACAUGGACAACUUACUUUUAGCCAUCAUGGCUAUUGACCGCUAUGCUGCCAUUUGUCAUCCACUGCACUACCCACUCCUAAUGACUUCUUGCAGAUGUGGGGUUUUGGUUGGUGGAUCAUGGGGAGUGGCCCACUGUGUGUCUCUGGUCCAUACCUUGUUGUUAUCCCAGCUAUCUUUCCAUACCAAUCAAGAGAUUCCUCAUUUUUUCUGUGAUUUUGGUCCACUCUUAUCGCUUUCUUGCUCUGAUACCUACCUCAAUAAGGAUCUGACGAUGGCUUUGGCUGGGGUUUUUGGAAUCAGUGCUCUCCUCUGCAUUGUAAGUUCUUAUGCCCAUAUUUUCCAUGCUGUGGCUAGGGUUCCAUCAGCACAGGGACAAAGGAAAGCCUUGGCAACAUGCAGUUCCCAUCUCUCUAUGGUCAUCCUCUUCUACAGCACAGUCUUUGCCACCUACCUAAAGCCUCCAUCAACUUCUUACUCCUUGGGGGAGCUGGUUGCUGCAGUCAUGUAUACUCUGGUAACUCCCACUCUAAACCCUUUCAUUUAUAGUCUGAGAAAUAAGGAUGUGAAGAGUUCAUUGAGAAGGAUACUAGCCAUGAAGAGUAUUCCUCAUGAUUAG